UCUAACGUAGUUGUUGUGAAAGUCCUACAUACUAAGUAAACUUAGUUUAUUUAUUUCGUUAGGCCUAAAAAUAUUUGCACCAGAAAUUGUUGUCUGAAACUAAUAAAAUAAAUCUGAGAUCUGUUGAGCGACAUAAGUUUGGUAUUCGAAUUAAUUACCUAAUUCGCUCACUGACUGCUACUGUACGUUUCAACUCCAAGUAUGUAGUUCACCAGAGUACACUGUUUAAGCGAGGCCGAUAAGAUAACCAGAACCGCGGAACCCGUGUUAUCAUGGUUAUAAACAACAAGCGUCAUGUAAUUUACAUCCACAAGGCGUAAUGUGUGUUUCAAGAGAAUAUUUUUGUGUAAUUUAAUUUAUUUUGAUUCAGAAUUUGAUGAUGAUACUCUAACUCAUGAGAUUAUAUGAAAAUAUUUUCAGUUGAUCGACUCAGUUACAAUUUUGACAUGUCAGCAUUUCCAGAAAGAUUUUUAUUUGCCGCAUCUACAGCGUCUUAUCAGAUUGAAGGAGCUUGGAAUGAAGAUGGAAAAGGUGAAAAUAUUUGGGACCGUUUAACUCAUACAGAACCAGAUAUAGUCAAAAAUCGAGAUAACGGCGAUAUCGCAUGUGAUUCAUACCAUUUGUUUAAGGAAGACGUGAAAUUACUGAAAAAUGCUGGAUUCAAUUUAUAUCGAUUUUCUAUCAGUUGGUCUCGCAUUCUACCAAACGGUGAAAUUACAUUAAUUAAUCCAAAAGGAGUUGAAUAUUACAGAAACCUCAUAAAUGAAUUGCUAGAAAAUGAUAUCCAGCCCUUUGUCACCAUGUAUCACUGGGAUCUGCCCCAAAAACUUCAAGACCUUGGUGGUUGGACUAAUCCAUUGAUUGUAGAUUAUAUGGAAGAUUACGCAGACUUACUCUUCGAACUCUACGGAGAUAAAGUAAAAUGGUGGAUUACCAUAAAUGAACCAAUGGAAGUCGUCAGAGGAUACGACUGCAGAGAGUAUGCUCCAGCGUUGGAUUUAGGUUCUCCAGCUAACUACAUUGUUGCACAUAAUAUAUUAAAAGCUCAUAGCAGAAUAUUUCGGUUAUAUGAUAACAAAUAUCGAUCAAAACAGAACGGAAAAUUGAGCAUUUCUCUAAGUUCUCGUUACUAUAAAGGUAAAACUGAUUCGAAAGAAGAUCUCGACGCAGCCAACAGAGCUAUGCAAUUUUAUAUAGGAUUAUUUGCUCAUCCCAUAUACAGCAAGGAAGGUGAUUAUCCAGACGUUGUACGGAAAAUGGUGGAUGAAAGUAGUAAAAAAGAAGGUCGUAAACGAUCGAGAUUACCCACUUUCACAAAAGAGGAAAAAGAGUCACUAAUUGGAGCAUAUGACUUUUUUGGCGUGAAUCAUUAUUCAUCCUCAUUGUGUACUCCAGGUUCAUCUCUGACGAGCAGAACCUUUCAAAAGGACAUGGACGUAACAUUUUCUUUUGAUCCAGAGUGGCCAGGUUGUAAAGCCCCGUGGUUGAUGGUAGUCCCAUGGGGUUUCAGAGAAUUAUUGAAAUUCAUCAAAGAAAAUUACGACAACCCACCAGUAUUUGUUACUGAAAAUGGAUAUUGCGAUAGUGGCGAGAUAGAAGAUAAAGGAAGAAUUUCUUACUACAAAGAAUAUUUAACUGAACUCUUGAACGCAGUGCACGAUUACAAAUGUAACGUUAUAGGAUAUACAGCAUGGUCAAUUUUAGACAAUUUCGAAUGGCUAGAUGGAUAUGUGUAUAAAUUUGGCUUGGUGCACGUCGACUUCGAGGAUGCGAAUAGAAAGCGGACUCCAAAAUCAUCUUAUGAUUUUUUCAAGCAGCUUUUGAAAAAUCGAGUUUUGCCACAAACAUUACCUUAAUAUUCAUCCAGGAAAACAAUUAUAAAAUAUUUUAUUGAUUAUGUAUUGUAUGUAUUGAUAUAUGCGUUGUUACACUCGUAUCGAAAAAUGUAAUAUUAAAACAUGAAUUAUCAUAUCUAUA